AUGGCCAAGGACGGGGCCGUCGAUGCGGGGGCUUUCGGAGCCAUUGUCGCUCCUGCUUCUCUGAGCCCGAGGAUCCGUGAGGCGCUUGGAAAGUGGUGCCGCGGGCGACAAUCGCUGACGCUUUAUGAGCCGUUGCCAGCGCUUGAGGAGCUGCACCAUGCUCUCCACUUGAGCCAGGAGGGCGCUGCCAUCUUCCAGUUGCUCUCUGCUUCGCUGGACCCGAUGGAUGAGAUGGAUGUGUGCACGUUGUGCACCUGCACCUCGCGAGAGGAGGGAUUGGACCCAUGUGCUGGAGAGACCUUGGAGGCACUGCGUCAGGUCUGCAACCAGCUGCAGAAGGAGCGAGGAUGCUGUCCAAUUCGAUGGCUCCCCCACCUCAGGACAACGUCUCUGCCCUGUUGCCGACGCUGGCGAGGGGCCAGUUUGCAGGCCUGGCAUCGGCGAGGUGCCGCGGCGCCGCCACCAAGGUUUACAUUCUGCGAGCUUUUUGCGGGCAUUGGCGGCUUCCGCCUCGGUCUGGAGGCAGCGGGUGGUCGCUGCGUCUUCGCCUGCGAAAUCAAGACAUCGGCGCGGCGGACGUACAUGCGAAACUUCGCAUCCGAUGGGGAGGCGGCUCCGCUCGGGGACGUUCGAUCCGUCUCCGCUGAGGACUUGCCUGCCUUUGAUCUCCUGGCUGCUGGCUUCCCUUGCCAGAGCUACACCUGCUACAAUCCCGAUGCAGCGGGACUCGAUUGUGCAAAGGGACAGCUUGUGUGGGAAGUCAAACGGUUGCUGAGUUCCUGUCGGCCGGCUGCCGCCUUGCUCGAGAAUGUACAAGGACUUGUCAAUCACAACUCUGGCAAAGAUUUUGCAGACAUCUUGGAGCAGCUGCGUGCAGUGGGAUACGCCGUGGGCUGGCGCAGCCUCGAUGCACGCAGAACGGUGCCGCAGAAGAGGCUUCGAGUUUACAUUGUUUGCAUCCGCCAAGACUUGCACGAUGCAUUCUUGGCAAGACGUCUCUCUGCGCCUUCAUCCGAAGAUGCCGGAGAUGUGCGAUUCGGCGGCGAGUCCACAGCUAUGGGGGAUGCUGUGAUGGAUUGGGCACAGUUCGAGGCGGCCGCGGCAAGGCAAAAGCCGAAGCAGUUCCACGAAAUACUGGAAGAGGAUGUUGACGCAGGUGCAUCGCUGAUGCAAGCUCAGUGGGAGAAGGUCGUAGCUGAAGAAGGAAGUGAGGAGUGCGCACUUCGCAAGCGGGUGCUCACACCAGAGGCAGGCUGGGCAGGGGCCCUGCGCUCGUCCUACCGCUGCGACUGGCGCCGGGCCUCGCAGUUUGUGGCCACAGUCGGAUUGCCGCGUUUCUUCACUCCGAGAGAGUGUGCCCGCUUGAUGGGAUUUCCGGAGAGCUACCAGAUCGACAGCGGCAACGGCUUCUAUAAGCAGAUUGGCAACGCGGUCGGCCUUGGGCGGGACAGGGACAGGGGGAAAAGGAAGCUGCAAUCUUUAAGUUUGAAGAAGGAGUCAUGCCGCAGUGCCGUGGUGGUUUUUACGUGGAGCGUCACCCUCACCCGUGGCUGGUUGGGUAGAUGUGAUGCGGAUGUGCUGAUACUUUGUGACUUUGGCCGGGUGCAGCAGUGCAGCUCACGUCGCGAUUCCAGCGACGACCCCAUGGAUGCAAAGGUGGUCGGGCUACCCGUGGAAGAAGCGCAGGAGGGUGGCAAGACUCCGCGACUGCAGGGAUCCAGAAAUAUCGAGAACGCAGGUGUGGAUCCUGGUGCUUUCCGGGAGGUCUCGGAGACCUUGCUUCUGGCCCGGCCCCGAGGUGUGCGGCGUUCUGUCGCCGAUGACCAUAUCGUGUUCGCAUUCGACAAGGACAUGGUUUGCAGUGAAGGCGACGUUGCGCUGGCUGAGCAAAUCUCUGUCUGCUUAGGCCUGGAUGCCGCCCGGCGUGCUGCGCCACAGCUUUGGACGGGCGAGCGGCCAGAGCUGCUGGAGCUCUUUCCAGAGCUGGCCUGGUUUCGGGACACGGUGUUCCUUUGGAAGAUGCUACUACUCCCUGCCUGCGAGUGUCCACCUGUUCAGAACUGGAAGGCAUCUGACUCAAUGCUUCGAUGGCAAUACAAGAAGGGCCGCUUUGAGGUGCAUGGCUUCGGCAGCACAAAGCUUACACCGCAGGCCUCCGCCGACCAUCCAGGGUUCUUUCAGGGAGUUCUGCGCUGGUUCGGGCAGUACGAGUCCGGCAAGAAGAGCCUCAGCCGGGCCAGCGCCGCUGUGCUGGCCGGCUCGGCCAAGGCGCUGGAGAGCGAGGACGAUAUCCUCUUCCUUGAGAACGUGCCUACCUUCAAUGGGGCUUUGGGCGCCCAGGACAGCGAGCUGCUUCUGACAUACCUCACAGCGCCGUACCUGAGAAUACCACUACUGCUCACCUUCUUCACGGAUCGGCAUCGUGUGUCUGCACUCCGUGAGCCGCAGCUCCAGGCGUGCUGCGGGCAGUAUCCGGUAGCAAUCGAGGUUUAG